CGCGGAACGCAGCUCAGAACGAAAAAGCCCGACGAGUUUUAUUCACAUUUGUUAGAAAGUCAAGUCUAUGUACAUCGGCAAGCGCAGUCAAAGGUAAUUGUGGCAGGUUGACACUAUAUCAAGAAGUGAAUAUCUUGUCUGACUUCUAGCCAUGAUACUAGAAUACUGCCUUCUAGGUGCCAGUGCGGCUGCCACUGGACUGUUCUCAAUUUUCUGGCACAAGAAGGCAAGGACUCUAGGGGAAGUCAAGGAUGCCCCAGUGCUGGAGCUCAAUGAAGACCUUGUCAAUAUGCUCAGCACUGCUCCUAAUCAGACUCUCCCUUACGCUGUCAUAGAGGGCAACAUCAAAGCAGUGGAGCAGUCCAUCAAGAGCGAGUAUGUCGUAGGGGUCGUGGGGGUCAUUCAGACGUUGCUCUGUAGAGAGCACAAGACAGAGUGGAGUAAAUCAACAAGACUAUGGUACGACACAACCCGAUUGAUCAGGGACACCACAAAGCAUGUCCCAUUCGAGGUGACCCGUGGUAAAGUAGGUUUAGGUGUUGAAGAUGCACUUGUGGCCACCGGCCUAGAACUUGAAACCAUCCACGACAAGUUCUUUCCCUACAACACUUCGCUAGGAAACAACAUCCUCAGUUGGGCCAGUGGGGAGAAGACAAAAGGCUUCCAAGAAAUUGAGCGCAUGCUUCCAGAGGGUGCUCUAUUAACCGGAGUAGGAGAACUAGCCAUUGUCAACGGUAAGAUGAUGUUGAGACCACCAACAUCCGGAUUAGACUACAUACUUUCGUUGUCGGGACAGUCUGGCAUUCUACGAGAGCUGCGUUCCAAACUGCGCAGGUGGAAAGUUCUAGUGGCUAUUUGCGGAUCGACAACGGUUGUCAUGCUAUGUAUCGUCCUGUGGAAGUGGUUUAAGAGGUACCAGGAACAACGCAGCUACGACAUGUACGUCCAGCGGGUCAUACAGCAGCGGGCGGUGCAGUCGGAAGGCUCCGAUGUGGACGAUCUUCAGGGCAGAUAUCAAGACUUGGACUCCUGCGCGAUCUGCCUCUCCAGACCCAGGGACUGUGUUCUCCUCAACUGCGGGCAUGUAUGUGCAUGCUCGGAAUGUGCAAUCGUUCUUCAACCCCCGCAGUGUCCUAUAUGUAGAGACAGGAUAGCUAGGAUUGUACCACUUUAUCAUGCAUGAUGUCAGUUAAUGUUCUAGUAAUUGUAAUGCUAAGUUUAUGUAUUCUGGACUCUGGAGCAAUUACCUGUAUAGACUGGGGCCAAAUAUGUUAAAUCUCAGUCUUCUUUUAUUUUGCACUUGUUAAAUUUUGACAGGGUGUAUUAAUCUACAUCUAGGGCUUUACUUCAGAAUACUCCACCACACAUUAUAGUUACUUAUGUGGCGGAGUAUUAUAUAGUCGUUCCCAAUAAUCAUUCAUUAAUUUAUAAAUUUUACCACCAUUUAUCCAUUUUUACAUCUCCUUUAAAUCUCCUUUUCUGGUUGUCCAAUCU